UCGCGCUCCGUAUGCCGUGUAGGCAAAGGAAAACAAAAACAAAAGUCCACUGCUUUUUCUUCACGAACAACGGCGCGGACCAGGCGCUUGCAGAAACACACAAAGAAAGGUGAAGACGCGCGAUGUCGCUAUUAUCGCCACCACCAGGCCCACAAUUUCACGUAUCCUUUCGUGAGUGCGUGUGUGUCUUGGAUGCGGGUCUUACUAGGGAAGCAGUGGUGCAGUGAAGUGCGAGCGCGGGUGUGACUCGAUGGGGAAAAAUGCAUUCAGCGUAAUCAUUGUGCAAGUAGUGCAGUAGAAAGUAGAUACGUUGCGGAGUGGUGCGAGAAAAUAGCGCCCUCCACCCUGUCCCAACCUCUCCAUCCCCAUCUGCAAGGGGCAAUCUGGCGGAUCUGGCGGUGCAGUUCCUUGUAGGAGACGCGCGUGAAGACAAACGCUAAGAAAGCGCACGACGAACUCGCACGAACGGUUGAUCAUUCUGGUUCCGUCUUCGGCAGUGGCAAGGCGUACCUUUUGUAUCCAGGCAGCACUGAGCGAAGUGAACCGGACGUUUUGGGGGAGAUGUUUCGCGUGUUUCAGUAGACAUCCAGCAACAACUCACAGCCACACACACACACACAGAAGUGGUGGUGUAACGAACAGUGAUUAGUGAUUUGGGUUUUGUAGUUACUAGUGAUGCCCGGGAACGUGUGGAAGUGAUACAAGAUUUUCGCGCAAAGGGCAUUUAAGAGUAAGCAGAACAACAGUUCCUACGAAUAAUCAAAACAAACGUGUGUGUCUUCUUGGGUCGGUGCCAAGCAUCAUUGGAACAAGUGCAGUACAAAUCCGGUAGCAGGAGCAGCAGCACAUCACAGCAAGCAAGAUGAGCAACGAAAUGUCCUGCAAGGGAAGCCCCACAUCCAGUGCGAGCGUUCGCGCCAGCCUCGUGACGGACGAGAGCCACUUCAGCCUGGCCAGCCUAAACUCGUCCGUCAGCCAGGACGAGUUCUUCCGGUGUCGCGAUCACUCCGAUCUGGUGCUGAAACGAAUGCAAGACUACCUCCAGAGUGAGAAGCUUUGUGAUGUGGUGCUGAUCGCUGGCGUCGACGGACGACGAAUACCAGCCCACCGAUUGGUGCUCUCGGCCUCGUCCGCCUACUUCAGCGCAAUGUUUACCGGGCAGCUGCGCGAAAGCCAGCAGGAAGAAAUCACCCUGCAGGAGGUGUCCGGCGAGGCGCUGAACUCGCUCAUCCAGUACUGCUACACGGGGGCGAUCGAAAUACGCGAGGACACGGUCGAAACGUUGCUGGCCACGGCGUGCCUUCUGCAGCUCAGCACCAUCGUCGGUGCGUGCUGCAACUUUCUCGCCCGUCAAUUGCAUCCGUCCAACUGUUUGGGAUUCUCGCUGUUUGCCGAGCAGCAGGGCUGCACCGCCCUGCUCAAGCUGGCCACCGCCUACACCUGCCAGCACUUCCAGCAGGUGUGGAAGAACCAGGAGUUCUUCAUGCUGGACGCGGCGCAGCUCGCGAAUUUGCUCGGUAGCGACGAUCUGAACGUGCCCAACGAGCAGGAAGUGUUUCAUGCGCUGAUGGCCUGGAUCCAGUACGAUGCGGAGGGUCGCAAACGGCACAUCCCGGAGCUGUUGGCAUUGAUCAAGCUGCCACUGUUGCAACCUUCGUUCAUAGUGGAUCACGUGGAAGCGCUCUGCGGAGGAGCGAACGAAUGCCAGCAGCUCGUAAUGGAAGCGUUCAAGUGGCAUCUCAUCCCGGGGCGUCGAUCGCUCAUUGCCACCGCCCGGACCCGGCCCCGAAAAUCGACGAUGGGCCGUUUGCUGGCAGUUGGCGGGAUGGAUGGACACAAGGGUGCGAUCAGCAUCGAAAGUUACGACCCUCGGCUCGAUAAGUGGACACUGUUGAAGAAUAUGCCGACGCGUCGACUGCAGUUCGGGGUGGCCGUGUUGGAGGACAAACUGAUCAUUGUUGGCGGUCGGGAUGGGCUGAAGACGCUGAACACGGUGGACAGUUUCGAUCUGAACACGAUGUGCUGGAGCACGUUGGUACCACCGAUGGGAACGCCUCGACACGGGCUGGGAGUAGCGUUUCUGGAGGGCCCACUGUAUGCGGUCGGUGGUCACGAUGGUUGGAGCUAUCUGAAUACGGUGGAACGGUGGGAUCCUUCGGCACGCACCUGGAGCUACGUUGCGCCAAUGUCUGCAAUGCGAUCGACGGCAGGGGUAGCUGUGCUGGGCGGGCGUUUGUACGUGGUUGGUGGCCGUGAUGGGAGUGUGUGCCACCGGACGGUCGAAUGCUACGAUCCGCACACCAAUAAGUGGACCUUGCGGGCACCAAUGAACCAGCGGCGUGGGUGCGUUGGUGUUGGCGUACUGAAUGGGUUCCUGUACGCGCUCGGCGGCCACGAUUGUCCGCCCAGCAAUCCGGCCGUGUGCCGAACGGACACGGUAGAACGUUACGAUCCGACAACCGAUACGUGGACGCUGAUCGCCUCACUGAGCGUCGGCAGGGAUGCGAUCGGGGUGAGCGUGUUGGGCGAUUUCCUGGUCGCGCUCGGUGGGUACGAUGGCAUCCAGUACCUGAAGAUCGUCGAACAGUACGAUGCAGAAACGAACGAAUGGACACCGAUCGCACCGGUCAACUAUAGUCGGGCCGGGGCGUGUGUCGUGGCGAUUCCGAACACCUUCCCCAACCCGGCAUCCACAACCGGUGGCGUUGCGCUUCCGUCUACCGGCGCCAAUCCCUCCUCACCGAACAAUGCGAUCGCUUCGUCCGCUUCCUCUUCCACUGUGAAUGUUCCGGUUGCCAACAACAGCACCACGGGAUGGCGCGGAAGUACCAGUGCCAGCAAUUAUUACUAUCGCAGACAUUUCCGCAUUUGUGAUUACUACGUGUAGGAGGCGGAAGUACAAGCCCCGUUGUAAAGAUGGACACAGGAAAAAUAGAGGUUUUAGAGCGAAAGAUUUCAUACACACAGUAGCAGACUGCUUCCGGAGAAAGUAAUAAUGGGAGAAAGUAAGUUUGAAGGAUAGUUGUAGUUUCAGUUUUCAACCGCACCCGUCGGGACGCCGGACUGUGAUUUUAGUUUUGGAAUGGAUGGAUGGACCUGUGUAUACACGCACUGAAACUACUACUGCCCCAUACUGCGACGCCACAACUACUACUACUACAACACACCUGAAGAAGCCUUUUUAGCAGCACAGCCACACAGACCUGGUUUAGCCGUUUGCGAUCAGGAUGCGAGAAUAUGGAUGCCAAAGAAAGACGGUGUCACGUGGUUCGAUUUAGUAGUAGCUGACAACAAACCUGCCCCGCCACCAGUGAGAGAGAUUUAGUUUUUCCGAAGUUUUCCUUUUUCGUAGCGCCCCGACAUCAUACUACUGUAGCCAAUGGCGGACGGACGGCUCAACCGAUCGAGAGUGGAGCUGGCUGGGUGCGCUCUAAUGCAGCACAGGAUAUGGAUGAAUAUAACUUUUUGAAAUGAUAUCAUUAUUUUCGCUAUAAUGGAAUUUAAAAAAAGAAGAAGAAACACAAGCAAGAAGUUAGCAUGUAAUCAUUAAGUAACGGAUGGAACUAUAAAUAAACACGCACUUUCAACAGUGUAUACAAUUUUGUGACGAAAUCAA